AUGCAAAAGCUACCCAAAGAUACACCACCGGUAUUUGUAGGAAAUACUCGACAAUUUGCUGGGUUUCUCCGUCACUUUGAAAACGAGACGAUCCGUCUAUGCAUUGAGAUUACUGAAAAGGCGUUGACUCAAUCUAAGAUAGCAAAUGGUGUUGAGGUGAGCGACAAAAGAUAUCCGGAUGGUGCGAGUUCUAGUGAUGAAGACUACGAUUUGUGUGGGAAGAAAUCAGAAGAUGAAGAAGAAGAAGAAGAUAUGCAAAACCUGCCACCAAAGAAACGAGGUUUCUCCAGAAUAGAUGAUUCUGUGGAGCUUGAAAUGAAGUCCGUAGAGUUAGCUGUAGGUCAAUGUUAUGACACAAAAGAGGAGUUCGAGACGAGAUUGAAGAUCUACGCGGUUGCCAAUAAAAUGGACUUCGACGUGGGACACUCAACGCCCACGCUAUUGACGGUUAGAUGUUGGGUCGGUGGAUGUAAAUGGAGGGUUCGAGCUUCGACGGUUGGAGAUGGAAGACAGUUCUAUGUCAAAACAUACUACGGUUUGCACACCUGUUAUAUCAUGAUGCGUUCUUCACGUGCCCGACAAGCAACUCCUGAGAUAUUAGGACGGCUUUAUAAGGAUUUUGUAGGUGGAGUAGGUAAUACAGUUACCCCAAAUCACGUUUCUGAUGCGCUAACCAAACGAUAUGGAAUCAAGGUGGAGUAUUGGAAAGCUUAUCGUGUAUUGAAGUAUGCACGCGAACUAGUGACUGGGAGUUCAGAGGACAGUUACGAGGACCUUCCAUCCUACUUAUACAUGAUUAGACGAGCUAAUCCAGGAACACUCAUCAAGCUCGAAGUGGAUUCUGAAGACAAGUUCAAGUUUAUGUUCCUUGCCUUUAGUGCGAGCAUUCAGGAGUUUCCAUUUAUGCGGAAAGUAGUGGUGGUUGAUGGUACCUUCUUAACAGAUAGACAUAGAUCUAUUGGGAAAGCUAUAACAAAAAUUUACCCUCUUGCUUCGCGUGGUAUUUGCACGUAUCAUUUGCACAAGAAUAUAUUGGUCAAAUAUAAAGGUGGGGAAGCUUUUCGCCUUGUCAAGAAAGCAGCAACAACAUAUAGGCUUUCAGAUUUCAAUGUCUUAAUGGCACAGAUUCAGGGGUGUAACCGAGGACUAUAUGACUACUUACAAAAAGCGGAUGUCCGGAUGUGGAGCCGUGUUCAUUUUCCGGAACAGAGGUACAACUUCACUACUAGCAACAUAGCGGAGUCUUUAAAUAAGGUCCUUUCAAAGGUUAGAAGUUACCCAAUUGUGACACUAUUGGAGGAGAUUAGAUCGCUUUUGACUAGGUGGUUUGCCAAAAGGCGCCGAGCUGCAAAUGAUAUGGAGACCGAGCUUACUACUGGUGUUGAGAAAUUGCUACGGGAAAGAGUCGAAGGAGCAAAGCAACUAGCAGUGCAAGAAAUCGACGACCAUCUUGCACAGGUCACCGGUGUCUCAUCCUUACAUGUUGUCAAUUUGGAAAGGAAAACAUGUACUUGCCGACGGUUCGACAUCGAUAAAAUACCGUGCGUCCAUGCCCUUGCUGCAGCGGAAGCAAAAAAAAUUUCCUGUAUCUGUCUAGCCCACCCUUACUACCGUAGGUCAUACCUUUCGUCGGCAUACGCGGGGACGGUAAUGCCAAGAGAUGUCGCUUUACCUGUACCCGAAGAAGUGGCUAACAAAGUCUGUAAGCCUCCUUUUGUUCGUAAACCACCUGGUAGGCCAAAAAAAUCACGAAUGAAAAGUGCUUUAGAAAUAGCAAUGUAG